AAUUUUCUCCAGUUAAAAUUGGGAAAUUUAUAAAUUGGAAAUUAGUGCAAAUUUUGUUAACUUCUGCUCGUUUUGUUCCCAUUUGAUCUCGAAUCCAAUAUUUUAUCUUGAUCCUGUUUUGUUAUCGGCGGAAAAAGUGGGCUUCACCAUCCCUUAUCUUCUGCAGCUGCAGGGCCGACAGCGCUAAACGGCUGAUGACAAACUGAGAGAAGAUAACAGAUAAAGCGCCGUUCGCCUUUUUCUCAGCUGGCCGUCUGCUUAUCCUGGCGGAAACUUCUCUUUUUAAGCGAUCUGCAUCCUUGACGGACUGGAAGCACCAUGUAUAAAAUCACCAGAAAUGCGCGUAUGCUGUGUCGGAAGCUGCCGCGAUCGGAUAUCCAGAAGUCAGUGGAGCGACACGCCAGAUGGCUCUCCACAAACUCAGCUCUUCCCUUUUCCCGACGGGCAACUGUCUUGUCGCUGAAAAACGGCCAGGCGGAGGAUGUGUGGUAUACCAGUGGUUAUUCGAAGGGUCCCCGCCUUUUUCGCUCCUUUGCUUCCGGAGGAGGUUUACCACAGCAUACAAAAGUUCCGCUGCCGGCAUUAUCUCCCACAAUGGAGCGGGGAAGUAUUAAGAGCUGGGAGAAGAAAGAGGGCGAUAAGUUGAGCGAAGGGGAUUUGUUGGCGCUGAUAGAGACCGAUAAGGCCACCAUGGACUUUGAGACGCCGGAAGAGGGCUAUUUGGCCAAGAUUCUCGUGGCUGGAGGGACCAAGGAUAUUCCCCUCGGCCAGAUUGUCUGUGUAAUCGUCCCAAACAAAGACGAUAUAGCUGCGUUUAAGGACUUCACUCCCGAGCAAGCCAAAAGCAGCAGUGACAAGUCAGCCGAGAAAUCUCAAUCCAAACAGUCCUCGGAAGAGCGGGAAGAUCGGAAGAUUACCGACUCGCGGGAGUCCACCAAGAAAUCGGAGAGUUCCGCAUCGGCUGACCAGGGCAACUACCCGCAUCAGAAGGUCAACCUUCCGGCGCUCUCACCCACCGUCGAGAAGUCCACUAUUAAAUCGUGGGGCAAGAAAGAAGGGGAUGUGAUCAAGGAGGGCGAUAUGAUUGCCCAGGUGGAAACGGAUAAGGCGACCAUCGACUGGAACUGGGAGAAUCCCGAGGAGGUCUACGUGGCCAAGCUCUUCGUCCCCGAUGGGACGCCGGAUGUGCCCGUUGGUCAGAUGGUCGCGAUAUUUGUGUCGGACAAGAAAGACAUUGCCGCCUUCAAGGACAUGAAGCCCGAUGCGGCCGGUGCGUCGUCGAAGAAGAAACCCGCCAAACAGGACGACGAGCAGAAAGAGCAGCGUGAGGAGCGCAAGGAGCCGCGCGAAGAGCGCCGGGAAGAGGCCGAUGAGCGGCGAUCUACCGAGGCGCCCAAGAGGAAGGAAGGGGACCGCGUCUUUGCUAGUCCGCUGGCGAGAUCCUUGGCGCACCAGAAAGGCUUGGAUCUGUCGGAAAUUCGGGGUAGCGGUCCGGAUGGCCGAAUUGUCGCCGAGGAUGUGGAAAAGCAUCAGCCGGGCGCGAAAGCGGCCCGCGCCGAGGAUGCUCCGAAGAAGGCGACGACCAAGAAGGGGGCUGCGGUCGAAGAGGGAACAUACCAAGACAUACCCAUGACCAAUAUUCGGCAGGUCAUUGCCAAACGUUUACUACAAUCCAAGCAGACUAUACCGCAUUAUUACUUAUCCGUUGAUAUCAUUUUGGAUGAAAUUAUGGAAUUAAGGCAGGAACUGAACACCAUGUUGGAGAAGGAGAAAGUGAAAUUAUCCGUUAACGAUUUCAUCAUCAAAGCGUCGGCGUUGGCCUGCAAGAAGGUCCCGCAAGCUAACUCGUCAUGGAUGGACACUUUCAUACGGCAAUAUAACAUGGUGGAUGUCAGUGUGGCUGUCAGCACCGAUGCCGGUCUGAUAACUCCCAUCGUUACCAACGCAGACACGAAGGGUUUGGUGGAAAUCAACGCCGAUGUCGUGCGGUUGGCGGAUGCAGCCCGCAAAGGCAAACUGAAACCCCAUGAAUUCCAGGGCGGCACCUUCACCGUGUCCAAUUUGGGCAUGUUCGGCAUUAAGAAUUUCUCCGCUGUCAUAAAUCCACCCCAGAGCUGCAUUCUGGCUGUUGGUGGUGCACAGAAACAGUUAGUCGCCGAUGAACGGAGUAAAGAAGGGCAUCGCAUUGCGACGGUCAUGAGCGUGACGCUGAGCUGUGACCAUCGGGUGGUGGAUGGCGCGGUCGGCGCACAAUGGCUGCAGCAUUUUAAGAAGUUUUUAGAACAACCGGAGAGUAUGCUUUUAUGAGGGAGAUAACUCGGGGAGGCGGUGUGUAGUGGGGCGUAGAUAGAUUCAAUUAGUGGAGUAAAACAAUUCUGUGUUCUUAUCUGUGGUUUUGAGUUUUCUUGUGAGUGCUUGCUUGGAAAAAGGAUUAUAAUGGCUGAAGAAGUGUUGUAAUUUAUUUAACAAUUACAGAAUGUGGUUUGUGUCGCAGCGUAAUUAUGCGUUUAGGUGGCAGCGGCCAGUGGACAAGUAAUUAAGUGCUAUAAUGCCAAAUCAAUAAAAACACUGUUGAAUUA